AUGCCUUGUCUUUUUGGGACUGUGACAUCGUUUGUUGUGCCGCUGCCUGUUACUGAGGGUAUUUCGCUGCUACAGAACAGGGAGUUUGAUUGGACUGGGUUAGGGGAGAUUCAGAUAGUUAAGGUUGAGAGCGAGCCUAAUAGCACCGCGUCGGAAUCAGGGACAGAGACGGAGACGACAGAGCAGACUGGGAACAAUGUCGCGCUUUUCAGCACUCCCGAGAUAACGAAAUACCUCAGGCGUAUGAGCCGCUGGGCAGCUUUCUGGGCGGCAUUUACGAUAAUCGGGCAUGUCCUGCUUUGGCCCGUGCCAAUGUUCGGGGCUAGGAUGGUGUUUUCGAAGAGCUUCUUCGUUGCCUGGGUCGUGAUAUCACUCAUAUGGCUGUGGUGCACUCUUGUCGUGGCUAUAUUCUACCCGCUCGUUGAUGGUGGCUUACAACAGAUGUGGGCCGUGAUUACGAGAAAAGGAGCUAUAAGGAAACGGGAGGUCAAGAAUGGCGGAGGUGAGAAUCCCACGCCGGAUGAGUCUGCAGUGGAGGUUGGCGUUGUGACGAAGGCUUGA